AUGCCGAAAAAAUCAGCCGUGCAACGCGCUCGCGAUAAGGCGGACGCGGCGGAGGGAAAGAGGCUCAAGGAGCAGCAACGCCGCCUUGAGCUAGAUGCUGAGCUAGAGCAGCUCAAGCAACGCCUCGCCGCCAAACACCCGACAACCCCGCUAGCACGUGGGACACCCUCGGAACGCGUGCCGGCUUCACGCCCCUCGGGUGAUAGCAGCCUUCUUGAGGAAAAGUCGGAUGACCCUGAGGGUGCCGACCGCGCGAGUGCCACCAGCGGCGGUUUAGAUGGCGGUGAUUCCGGUGAGCGCGACACGUUUGUCGACGGCGAGAGUGGAGACGAGUAUGAGGAUGUUCCUCCUGCCGCCGGCCGGGAGCAGCAGGGGCGUUGGGCCGAUGAGGAGGAACCCGAAGAUGAGGAACCCGAGGUUCUUACAUCUCCGGCUGUCGCACCCAUUGUGGAGAUGCUGAAACAGCACCACCGUGAUGGGACCGAACCUCCCGAAUGGCUCAUGUCCGUUGUACUGCCCGCCAACUCGCGAAAGGAUAAAGUGUCAUCGGUACAUCAACGACCCCUGGCAGAUAGAUCGCUGCAGGAGGCCAUGCAGGCUUCCGUCCUGAUUGCUCGGCCUUGACAUGACACUACUUAUCACCCUAUUUCCUCAUAGCUGCGCUAUUACCAUUCUAUCGGAAACAAGGUCUAACCCGGCACAGGAUCAACGAAGAUGAAAAUACACACACGAAUUGCGAGAGGCCUACAGGCUAGUCC